CGAAUGAAUCAGGCAAAGAAAAAUUGAAAUUCAGUUUAGUAAUAGUAGUCUUAGCGAAUACAGCAUCAGCAAUGGGUCUCUCGGAUAGCGAUGGCAGAGCGGAAACGGACACCGUAGCGGUGGCUGCUUCCGAGACCACUGGUUUGCGAACCAGCAAACGCCAGUGGAGAUGUGGCUGCUUCUCCGUAUCGUUCGUUACCCUGCUGUCAACAUUCGUCACGACUGGCGGAUUCGUCUUUGGCUAUGACAUAGGAGUUAUUGGCGGUGUGAAGGACAUGGAGGGGUUCCGACAGGAUUUCGGCCAGCCGUCAAAUGCUACAAACACAACCGAGUGGAUUGUCAGUGAGGAGAAUCAGGGCUGGAUUGUAGGCAGCUUCUCUCUUGGUUGUCUCGCCGGAGCUCUUGUGGCUGGAGUUGUAUCUGAAUGGCAUGGCCGCCGUGUAAUCAUCCUCACCGGUGCUUCCAUCUUCACAGUGGGUGGUCUGCUGCAAGCCUUGGCCUAUUAUCUAUGGAUGGUGUUCGCUGGACGCUGUGUGUCUGGACUAGGUGUAGGGGUUUUGAGCAUGAGUGUGCCUAUCUACAAUGCCGAGAUCUCUCCAGCAAAGCACCGCGGUCGCCUGGUGUCCCUCAACCAGCUCAGUAUCAAUGCAGGCAUUAUGGUUAGCUUCCUGAUCAACCUUGCUUGCCAGUCGUAUAUCAAUGGAUGGCGAAUAUCUUUGGCUCUUCAAUCUCUUUUCUCCAUCAUCUUGUUUGUCGGCAUGCUCUUUGCACCGGAAACACCCAGGUAUCUAAUGAAGGCUGGGCAGCGCACCGAGGCACUGGGCGUCUUGAGCUGGAUCAAAACUGGCUACAAGCGGCACGUGACCUCCGAUGGUGAUGUCAGCAAGGCAGUGCUGGAUGAGAUCAACUCCAUUGCUGCAGAGAUUGAGGACAACGGCGUGCAUGGCAGUGGCAAGUGGAGAGAAAUACUGCAACGGAGCAAUUUUAAACGAAUGUCAGUUGGAGUUUGGGUACAGCUUUUCCAACAAGCCACGGGCAUGAAUAUCAUCAUGUAUUACUCAACCAAAAUAUUCUCCUCUAUCGAUGUCAGUCCGUAUGUGUCGACAGCAGUGGUUGGAAUCAUCAACUUCCUCACGACGUUUGGCACGUUGGGUCUUGUUGACAAGGUCGGUAGGAAGGUGCUGAUGAUAUUUGGCGGACUGGGAAUGAGCAUCACGACGACGCUAGGUGCCACCAUUAUCACCGUGAAUGGUGGUAACGACAACCUCUCCAAAUCAAGUGGCAUCCUUGUCGUGUUCUGUGUGUGUGCGUUCGUCUUCUUCUUCGCCUUGACGUGGGGACCGAUUGCUUGGGUGAUCACCAGCGAGAUUUUCCCGCUUCGUCUCCGAGGGAAGUUGGUUGCUAUCUCAGCUUCUGCAAAUUGGGCCGGUAACUUUGCUAUUGCCUUUGGAACUCCGCUAAUGCUCGCACCGUCAGCUUUAGAUGUCCAAGGAACGCUGUUUUUGAUGGGAGCUGGAAACCUAGCUGGUGUCAUCUUCAUUCUUCUUGUUGUCCCAGAGACCAAGGGACGAAGCCUGGAAACAAUGGACGAACUGUUUGAACGACGCUCGUUGCUGGAGAGCUCGGAGUAUAAAUAUUACUUGAAGUGUGGUUGCUUCACUGACUGCAUUCGUCAGAGACAUCGCUACAGGGAUCUUUCUGCUGAGGAUGAGUUUGAUGAGCACAGUGAUACGGACCGAGAUGACAUUGGUAACUGCACCACUGAUGACACAAGUACAUAGCAUGCAGCUCUUUGGCACCAUUGGCGGUGGCACUCAGUGACACUGGAUACCCCAUGUCCAUGCUUGAGAGAGUAAACUUGACACUGACUGAUUUGAUGCGAGCGUUGAUUAAAAAUUUAUCCCCGUAGCUAUGCAAAAGACGUACGAAGUUCAGUAACGCCUGGCGCUAGCCAGGGUCCACACAGCUUUAUUUAAAAGUUAUCGGAAGCCCGGUUGUCUGUCAUAUAAAUGGUAAAAUAGUCUUCAUUGCUGAAAUGGUAGAGGAGAUAUCUGCUUACAUUGUGGCUCGGGAGUCCACCUUCAUAUUUGACAGUCACAUGCUUGGUGCACUGGGAUGUCGAAUGUCAGCGCCUUCUUUGCUUCAUUUCAAGUUGACAGCUGUUGAUCCGCUACUCAAGUUGGAUGAUGUGCCACAUAUACCUUUAAAGUGCUGAAUUGAUUCUUGCACAAAAUUGCGAUCGAUUGCAAUUACAGUCGAUGGUUGGAUCCAUCAAUUUACUUUAUUUAAACUCUUCGAGCACAUCUCAAGAUCAGAGCUGAUGCAUGGUGAUUGCAAGCCUGUAGCCUGCAUGCAGCCCGGGCCGUGGCUCGUAAGGUCGUUGCAACAUAUUAUGUUGAAAUCACUCAAUGGAUUUUACUUUUGUUUUUUUUCAAUUUUUUUUAAAGGCUGAUACAGAUGUGUUGUAUUCGGAUUUACCGGAUACUAGUUUUGCCCACACGAGUUUGUUCAUGUCGCGGGUGUUAGAAAUAUCCAACCGCUGUCUCCGAGCUGAAUCUGCUGUCGCCUUUGAGUAUCUGGUGACCGAGUCAAUAGAA